AUGUCUGCCGAAAGCACCCCAGCUUUAACUAUACAACACAAUCGGUUCCUCCUGAACGGUAAGCCAUUGCUUUUCCGCGGUGUCGUCUAUCAGAUCCCUUUUCGCAGCCGAGCCAUCAUCAAGCCUUCUACGCUGCCUCCUAAGGAGCGCUACACUGACCGGGAUCCUCUCAACGAUGCCCGUCUGGCCGAGCUUGAGCGAGACGUUGAGCUCUUUCGAGAGCUGGGCAUCAAUGCCAUCUGGGUCUACACCGUCUGCCUCAAUGUCUCGCACGACAGGUGCAUGAAGCUACUCAGUGACAACGGGAUAUAUGUUUUCGUUGGCUGCUCCGCUCCUGGCGUGGGGGAGAGUGUGAACCGCCUGACGCCGCAUGGUUCGUACUCAAGAUCGCUGUUGGACCGGUACUAUGGCGUGGUGGAUGCUUUUGCAGGCUACGACAACUUGGCGGGCUUCUCGGUGGCGGAUCAUGUUGUUAACAAUGCUCAGGCCACCAAGGCGGCCGAGGUGAUCAAGGCGCUUGUCAGAGAUGUUAAAGGCUACAUGAGGGCAAGGACGGAGAAAACUGGAGGCAGAACAGUGCCGGUCGGGCUUGUCGACGAGGAGUGGGCAGCCACUCAGGUGCCAAGCUUCGACUACUACAUGUCCGGAAGCCCGGAAGAGAGGGUCGAUUUCUACGCACUCGUCAACUUCAGUUGGGGCUUAGGCAAGUUGCAGGGCGAAGUCAAGGAAGACAUAUUGGUGCGGAAGUUCUCAGGGUCAAAGGUACCGAUCCUCGUGGCCGAGUACGGGGCCAAUACCGAACGGCCAAGGACAUUCGAAGAGACGAAGGUGUUGUAUGGCGAACGACUGUGCCAGAUAUUCUCGGGCGGGUUCGCCUAUGAGUUCUUCGAAGCAGCGAAUCGGUACGGGCUCGUCAAGGACAACGGGGGGGACCUGACUAGACUGGAAGAUUUCGAGCAAUAUCGCCGGCGUCUCCAGGAAACUGCUGGGGCGGACCGAGGCUUGAUGACACCGGGGCCAGAUGCGACAGAGGGAGGCGAGGCUUUGUUCCCGUCUGUGUCUGAAAACUGGUUGGCCAUCAGUACGUUGCCUUCGAGGCCGUUGUAA